AACUAAAACUACUUGUGCCGGAGUAUAAAACAAGCCACCGGAAAACUCGUCGGAAUUCUACGAAGAUACUUUGGUGGAAGAUGGAAACGUCGAUGCUCGGUUAUGUCUCCGAUGAUCAUUUCAAUCUCAAGGCAACCGAAUUAAGAUUAGGAUUGCCAGGAUCAGAUGAGCCAGAGAAACAAUCGUCUAUUAAUGUUAGGGGUAACAAAAGAGCCAUAUCAGAGAUGGAUGGUGCGUUAGACAGCGAAAAGGGCGACCAAGACCGGGCUCCUCCUGCCAAGGCACAAGUGGUGGGAUGGCCGCCGGUCAGAUCUUACCGGAGAAAUUGUUUCCAACCGAAGAACACGGAAGCCGAGGCUUCCGGGAUGUAUGUGAAGGUGAGCAUGGAUGGAGCUCCAUAUCUAAGAAAGAUUGACCUGGAGGUUUACAAUAGCUACCCAGAACUCCUCAAGGCAUUAGAAAACAUGUUCAAGUGCACCAUUGGUGGGUAUUCAGAAAGGGAAGGCUAUGAUGGAUCUGAUUAUGCACCAACAUAUCAAGACAAAGAUGGUGAUUGGAUGCUGGUUGGAGAUGUCCCAUGGGAUAUGUUUACUACCUCUUGCAAAAGGCUGAGAAUCAUGAAAGGAUCGGAUGCCAAAGGCUUGGGGUGUCUAUAGAAUCCAUAGAGCACAUUUACACACACAAAAAGAGAACACUUGGGUUUGCCAAGAAUGUUUGGUAACUCAAGAAAAAUACAAGAAAAAAGGCACAUAGAUAGGUUCGCAUUACAGAUGACACAUUGUUUUUUUUUUUUUGGGAAAGUCCGAACACAUCGUAUUCAUGGCUGGUUUUCGCACCUAUGUGAUUUUAUUUUCCCCAUCAAAUGGAUACAGUAAGAGGUCUUGGAGAAUCUGCUUCAGAUCCAUUUGUAGUAAAGGAAAACUGACAUUCACAAAUAUUCUGCCAAGGAUGAUAUGUACAAACCAAGUAGUGUGAAGCUAUGGAUUAUGGUUCA